AAGCGACAGGCGAAAAUGUAAACGACACUCAAUCUUUUUAAAAAUAAUUAAAUUUAAAAAUAAAAUAAAAUUCAAUUAUAAAAUAAAUACUUUUUAUUAAAAAAAAAUUUAAAUUAAUGACAUUGAACGAAAAAUACGAAUGCUACGUGAAGGAAAUUGAGGAAGCUCACAUAUGGCAGGGCAUUCUCUACCCCGGGUUUCUGUUCAAACCAGAAGUUCUGAACGAUAUUCAAAGUUUCAAAGUGCGCAAGGAUGAUAUAUUCAUAGCUACUUUUCCCAAAUCAGGUACCACUUGGACGGCUGAAAUAGUUUCUCUCAUCAAAAGUGAGGUGAAUAUUCCUUUCGUUAAAAGUCUGGACAUAUCGGAAAGGGUGAUUCAUUUGGAGACCCCGCCAAACAGAUCCCUCAAAUUGCUAGAGGAUCUAGGGUCGCCUAGAAUCUUUGGCACCCAUUUACCAUUCCACUUGUUACCAGAUUCCAUCAAGAAAGGAGAUUGCAAAGUUAUAUACGUGAUGAGAAACCCUAAAGAUGUGGCGGUCUCGUUCUAUCAUCAUCAUAGGAUGGCUAAAGAUCUAGGAAAUUUUUCUGGCUCCUUCAAGGACUUCUUAGCUCUAUUCUCGGCAGGCAAAACUGUUUGUGGAUCCUGGUUCGACCAUGUAAUAGGAUAUUGGGAGCAAACAGAGAAAAACAUUUUGUUCCUCAAAUACGAAGAUAUGAAAAAGAAUUUCCGAGAAAAUAUAGAAAAAAUCGCAGAUUUCUUGGGAGCCGAUCUAUCUGACGAGCAAAUCUUCAAAGUGCUAAACCAUUGUUCAUUCGAAUCCAUGCAAAAGAAUGAAAAGGCUAAUCGCGAUUGGAUUCCAAUAUUCGAUAAAUCCAAAGGAAACUUUAUGAGAAAAGGUAUAGUCGGCGAUUGGAAAAACUAUUUUGACCAGCAGGAUAACCAAGCCUUCAUGUCUUUGUAUCAUGCCAAAAUGGGGCAGUAUACCAACCUCAAGUUCGAAUUUGAAAUCCCUCUACAACCUCGCCUUCUGCCUAACCAGCCAAAUAAGAAAACCAAUUUCUCGGCUAAAAAUUCCACUCCUCUCAGUAUCACCAACUCAUCACCGCAGGAAAAUGAAUAUUCCUCUUCCUCCACCGAUAACGCCUUCAAUUCUAUAAACUAUGAAUCUUCCAUAAAAUUUAUCAAUAAUAAUGUCUUCGCAUACCAUGAACGUUCAUUGUUAAGUACAUCUCCAACUUCACCUUUAUUUAUUGUCCGAUGAUUCUCAAGAGGUCAAAAAGUGUAAGGGGAAAAAAAUUGUAGGCAAUGAUCUCCAAAACAAAAUAUACAAUUUUUAUUAUAUAUUAUUUUUUUUCCUUACCUCCAUAUUUUAAUACUUAAUCCAUUUAAUUAUACAUAUUAUAUUAUCGUAUUUAAUGCGCAUUUCAAAAAUAAUAUAUAUCUAGUACUAUAUUGUGCAUACUUAUUUAAAUAAGCUCAAAAUGAUUGACGACUGCGCUACAAUUAUAUCC